UCAAAACUUAGUUUGCAUUCAGUACUCAGCUCAACAGUUGUUAGCAUUCCAGCAUUCCAGACUCUCGACAAUGCAGUUAAUAUUGAAGCUGGCUUUUGUUCUUUGUUUUGGUUUUUGUAGAGGGGAAGUGAAAUUUGAAGACUGUGGAUCUAGCGGGACGGAUAUUAAGUUCUCCUGCUCUGAAGGGUGUUCUGGAGAUAUCCUAGAGUUAACUAAAGGAAAAACUACCAGCUUUAACCUAGGAUUCAAAUCAGGAGAGGACUCAGCUACCCUUACAAAUAAUAUUGUUGGUAUACUGGGGGGAGGAGUGGAGAUGCCGUACAACAAUAUAAUGUCAACAGAUUUCUGCUCUGGAUUGCCCGCUGGUAGCUGUCCGGUCAAAGCAGGAUCAUAUUUGGAAUUCACCUCAAACAUUGAGAUACUACCUACAUAUCCUACGAUUCCUGUGACGAUAAAGUGGGAAGUAAAGAAUGCCGGGAGCGGAAACGCUGUCUGUAUUUUGAUAAAAUCUAAAAUUGUUUGAAUAAAAAUAUUCUUCGAUAAUUAA